ACGAGUAAACGAGCGUUGAGAGUGUCCAAGGAUGAUCGCGCGACUUUCAUAAUAUGUCGAUGGAAGUGCGCGAUAGCGGUUUUUGACAGUAUUCAGUGAUAGCGUCAUCGCGAAGGUGAAGCGAAAUUGUGUCGCGUUAUUCACGCCUUUGAUGAUGAUUAUCGGAUGCGAGCGAGUAUCGGGAAUCGGGAGUGUCGAAGUGUCGCCGAAUAAAGUUCGCGUUGAUGAUAUCGUGUGAAUUUGUGUGCAUCAAAUGGGAUAUCCCGAGGCAAGCGAAUGGAGCGACCUGUGGAGCAGCCGGUGAAUGCAGGCCAUGACAGAUGACCAGAUGACAGGUGACAGGUGAUCUCAUUCUUCUCUCUGUGUGUGCGGAAUACGUCAGAUACCUUCGAGAGAAACCGUAAUGCUCGUUUGAAGAAUUUCAUUAGUUUCCGACUAUCUUUGUGCAGAUGUGUGGACUCGUAAAUGAAAAAAUGAACGCACAAGAGGUAGUCGAGGAAUUGACACAAGUUUGCAUUCAAAUGCGCUCUCAUCUGGAUGACUUGACGGAACGAAAGGAUAAGGAAACAUUAAUUUUAAAACAUAUAAAACGGUUCGAAAAUACCGGAGCAGAAAUUGAGGAUUUUCCAAAAAGUUUAGAAUGGUUCAAUGUGUCGGAAGGAUUAUCAUUAGUGCAGCAUUUGAAGGGAAAAAUCGUGCUUUUGGAUUUUUUUACUUAUUGUUGCAUCAAUUGUAUGCAUGUUUUAGCUGAAUUAGAGGAGAUCGAAAAAAAAAUCUCUAUAGAAGAUGGUCUUGUUGUGAUUGGAAUUCACAGUGCAAAGUUUACAAAUGAACGUAGUUCAAAAAAUGUCUUAUCUGCUAUACAGAGAUAUAAUAUUACACAUCCUGUGGUAAAUGAUGUGACAUUAAGGAUGUGGAAUAAUAUGGGGAUUAUAUGUUGGCCUAGUCUUGUCAUGUUAGGACCUAAUGGUCAACCAUUGGCUGUUUUUGUUGGUGAAGAUCACAAAAAUGAAAUACUCUUAUAUGCAAGAGUAAUGAUAGCAUAUUUCAAAUCCCUAAAUCAAAUAUCGAACCAUAGUCUUCCACUGAGGCCAGCAUAUCAUCUUUUAUCAUCUUUUAAAAAUGGUUUAUUAUUUCCUGGUAAAUUAGCUAUUCUUUCAUCUGAGCAUGGAACAAAGCUCAUCAUAUCAGAUAGCGGAAAUAAUAGAAUUGUUAUCGCAACAAAACAUGGAGAAGUGGAACACUUUAUAGGUGGAUGCAAUCAAGGUUUUAAAGAUGGCAGUUUCAAAAAUGCUAGAUUUAAUUCACCUCAAGGAGUCUGCGUAUUAAAUAAUACAAUCUAUGUUGCGGAUAAUAACAAUCAUGCCAUUAGAAAAAUAAAUCUGACUGAAAAUAAUGUAUCUACUAUAGCUGGCACUGGUUCACAAGGUUAUGAUCAUAAAGGUGGAAAACAGGGAAUCAAUCAAGUUUUAUCAUCUCCUUGGGAUGUGGCAAUAUAUCAUCACGAAUAUAAAGAUAGCAUUGUGCCAGUCUUAUUAAUCGCUAUAGCGGGUACUCAUCAAAUCUGGGCAUUGUUUUUGGAAGAUACUAUUUGGUGGAAAGAAAAAAAAUAUACAGCAGGCACAUGCGCUGCCAUUGUCGGGAGUGGCCGGGAAGAGAACCGUAACAACAGUUAUCCUCAUACGGCUGGAUUAGCACAACCUUCCGGUAUCGCAGUCGCUCAAGAAUAUAAAAUUGCAUUUUUUGCAGACAGUGAAAGCAGUGCUAUUAGACGAGUGCAUUUAGACAAUGGUCGAGUCUCUGCUGUUUGUGGUGGAGACAAAAAUCCAACGAACUUACAUGCUUUUGGAGAUAUAGAUGGAAAAGAAUAUUUGGCUAAACUUCAACAUCCAUUGGGGAUAGCAUGGGAUCACUUGAAUAAACAAAUUUAUAUAGCUGAUACCUAUAAUCACAAGAUUAAAACUGUAGAUACCACAACAGGAUAUUGUAAGACUUUAUUUGGUGCAGGAAAACCUGAUCCUAUGUUUUCCUUCAAUGAACCGAGUGGUCUUGCUAUCAGCCCAGAUGAUAAUAUUCUUUAUGUGGCAGAUACCAAUAAUCAUACUCUUAAGAUUAUUGAUCUGAAAAAUGAAAAAAUUUCAACUAUGGUUAUAUCUAAACAUGAUUCAAAUGAAAAUAUUGAUAAAGUAUUUACUUUUAAUACAUCGAUUAAUACGCAUGGUGGAGAAUUAAAUAUUUUAUUUAAUAUCGUAUUUCUAAAUAAUUUGAAGUUAAAUGUAGAUGCACCACAAGAAUGGCAUGUAUUCUUACCUAUAAAUACAUGGGCAGCAAACUCUUUAACAGGUGGACUUUCAACUCCUGUGUCGGUAAAGCUUCCUGCAGAUGAAACAGAAAAUCAAUUACGUAUUACAUUAAACAUAAUGGCUUGUACAGUUGACACGUGUAUACCAUUGAAACUGUCUGUAUUGUUUAAUGUGCAUCGAAGGACAGAUGCACCGAUAGUUGUGACUGAAGAAAAAGAACUCGUUGUUAAUUAGUAAGUUGAUUACAAAUUUUAUAGUUAUAGCAUAUAUAUGAAAAAUAUGUAUAUAUAUGUAUGUUAUCACU